UCCUCUCUUCCUGGACACUUCAGGGAUCUGGUGGCAGGACCAGCCGUCCCUGGCAGCAGUGGAGGCGUCUUGGGACGUGGCAGAGAUGGCAGCUCUGCGGAAGGCUGCAGAUGACGGCUCGGACCUGAGCCACCUGGAGGGGGACAGCCCGGAGGAGCUGGCUGUGCUGGACCCAGAGCUGGAGGCCAUCAAAGCCAAAGUGCGGGAGAUGGAGAAAGAGGAUGAGAGGCUGAAGGAGUUGCAGUUGGAAGCUGAGAGCCGCCUUAUCAUGAGCUCAGAGGCAGGUCUCUUCCCAAAGACGACUGAGGAGAAGAUGGAGGUUGACCAGCGAUCUAUCUAUGUGGGCAACGUGGAUUACGGGGGCACGGCAGAAGAGCUGGAGUCUCACUUCAACAGCUGCGGGCAGAUCAACCGAGUGACCAUCCUCUGCGACAAGUUCUCGGGGCAUCCCAAAGGGUAUGCCUACAUCGAGUUUGAAGAGAAGAGCUCCGUGAAGGCUGCGGUGGAGCUGGACGAGAGUGUGUUCAGAGGCCGUGUCAUUAAGGUGCUGCCCAAGAGGACCAACAUGCCAGGCAUCAGCACCACCGACCGUGGGGGCUACCGGGGCCGCUUCCAAGCCCGGGGAGGGCUGGGCCAGCGGGGAGGCUACUACGGAGGGCAGCACCCAAGGGUGCGAGGGAGGACGUACAGGGGUCGGGCAAGGCUGCUGCCUUGGUAUUUUCCAUACUAG